AUGUAAUCUAUAUUCAAAUUACAUUUUUUUUCAUUUGUCAUCAUCUAAUGUCUAAGUUAAUUUGAUUAAAAAGUGAAGUUCGAGAAGAAAUUGAACUCUCACGUCUUUAAGGGAACAAUUUCCAAAAUCUCAGAGUUUCAUCCCCACUGCCUGUCACUAUGUUUUCUCCAUCUGGACUCAGCGAUAGAUAGAGCACUCUUAAUGAAUGGCCAUGGAGAACAGCAAUUCUCUCUGCUUUUGGCAUUCUCCAAACCACGAUCUGGUUGAGGGAAUAACUAAGUGAUUUAGGCAUAUUAAUAUUACCCAUGAGAAGUUACUAUUUCAUUAGUAUUGUAAGACCA